GAGCUUGGUAAUUGAACAGCGGCACAAGAUCAAAAAGAUUCAGGAACAGUUUAGAAAAAAAGAAGCUUCUUUUUUGUGUAGUAGUACGUGCGAUUGAUUCUUGAUCGAGCAUGAGCAUGGCGAGCAGCGGCGGGUACUACUCGUACUACAGCCAGCCGACGCCGUACUACUACUACGGCGGCUACGCGCCGCCGGCGAGAGUCGGCGGCGGCGGGACGUCGCAGCGCCCGUCGGCGCACGUGUUCCUCCUCCUCGCGACGGUCCUGCUCGUCGCCAUGUCGGCGCUGUACUCGCGGUGCGAGGAGGCGGUGGAGAGCCUGCUCGACCAGCUCCGGGUCUUCCUCAUCCUGUCCCCGCUGCUGCUCAUCGUCGGCGUGCAGGUAUGGGCAGCGACCACCGCCGCCGACCGCCGCGGCGGGGGAGGAGGCCUCAUGCACCUCCUCGCGCAGCUGAUGGGGGACGGCGGCGGCGACCAAUAUUAUUACCGCUACGGCCGUUGGCACGGCGGCGGCGCCGCGUCGUCGUCGUCGCCGCCGUGGGGCGUGGCGCUGGUGCUCGUGCUCGUUCUGUUCCUGGUGUCGUACCAGUCGUCGUUCCAGAGCCGGUGGUUCCCGCUGCUCGGCCGGCGAUGAGAACCCGCAAGCUCGUUCGCUCGUGCACGUAAAACAUAGUGAAAAUAUAGUAGACGGCAUCUUGGUUUGAUUAAUUAGAGAUUUAGAGCUCGAUCGGUGACGAGCUACAGUUGAGCGGAUGACAUUUGUCUGCCGUGUAUAUCCAUGGAUGAUCUUCUUCUUCAACUGUAGUAAUUGAGUCCAAUUUAUUUACCUGCAACUUUUCAGUGAAUUUCCGGUGCUGAGAUAUGUGAUACAUAUUAUCUUACUCUCUUUGUGGUUUUUCAUGGUAUAGGUUUUCAAUAUUCUAAAAUAUCAUCCCUGUAUUUAUUUGGAGUGAAU